AUGCCGGUACCGAUGCCCGGUUCGGGUACUGAUGCCCGGCUCGGGUCCCGGUGCCGAUGCCGGUACCGAUGCCCGGUUCGGGUACCGAUGCCCGGCUCGGGUCCCGGUGCCGAUGCCGGUCCCGAUGCCCGGCUCGGGUCCCGGUGCCGGUGCCGAUGCCCGGUCCGGGUCCCGGUUCGGGUGCCGGUGCCCGGUGCGGGUGCCGGUGCGGGUCGGUGUCCCGGUGCGGGUGCCGGUCCGCAGUGCCGGUGCGGCGGAUUGGCUGGCCCGGCGCCACCUGGCCGUCGCCCAGCCCCCUGCGGCUAUAACGGCCCCGGGCGGCGCCGGGCCGGGCUCCCGCAGCGCCGGCGGACCCGCACCCGGACCGGACCGGACCGGACCCCGACCCGCGCCCCCGCCGCAGCCAUGGCCCCGGCGCGCCGGGCCCCGACACUGGCCGUGGUCGUCCUCCUGGUCCUGGCCGCCGCGACGGCCGAUGAGCCCGCGAGCACCCUGGACGUGGCCCUUUCUGCAGAAGGACAGACACCAGAGCCCGUCAGCCCGGCCAAGCUGGAGGCCUCCGGAGAGAGUGAUCUCACCACCUCGGCACAGCGCCUGGGCAAAGGUCUGACCUCCGUCAGCUUCGAGGGUGCGGAGCGGUCGCCCACGGACGAUGGGACGCGGGAGUCCCUCAGCAGCGACUCCUCCAGCCUCGACUCCCUCAACAGCGGCUCCUUCGGCGUGGACACCCUCGCCGGGGAAGCCCGGGGCGGUCCCGUCGUGGAUGUCCCGGCCCAGUCCAACGAGUCGGAGGAGGGAGUGGACCACGACGUGGACUCGGAGGAGUCGCUGGCAUCCCAAGGGAUCUGAGACGGCCGAGCCUCACCGGAGAUGCCUCCCGGGACGCAGUCCUUUCCCGAGCUUUCCCGCUGCCUCUCCAUGUCUUCCCUGCCUCGGGUCCCUCCGUCCCCCACCAGUCCUCGCCGUGCCCCCCACAGCCCCACGGCCCAGCCUGCACCCCACAGUGGGGCGAACCACCCCCCCCCCGCCUUGGCACGGUGCGCGGCUCCCCUCGGACCCCCAUACCGCUGGGGGUCUGUUGGGGGGCCGGGGGCUGCCCGGGGAGCGGGGUCCGCUGUGGGACAGGGGUCGUGGAGGUGGCCGGACCCCUCCACGUGCCCCCGGAGCUGGGGCUGCGAGCGGAGCGGCCCCCCCCCCGCCGCCUGUGCCCCUCCGUCCUCCCCCAAUAAAGGUCCCCGCAGCA